AUGAUAACUUAUAAAAAAAAUUAAUUUUCUUCAUAAUAAUUUUUACAAGAAAAAAGCACAGCAGAUUUCAGUAUUUUUGACUUUGUAAAAAGCAUAGUAUGUUCAAAAAAUCAAAUUUACAACUGGUUAAAAUUCCCAAUAAUUACAUAUGCAUCUCAAUUAUUUUAUAAUUAUAAGAAACUAAAAUUUAUAAUAAAAAUUUGCAAGAAUUGUAGUCUUUAAUGCAAAAUUGUUUAAAAUAAAACUAAUGAUAAAGCUUACCAAUGGAUUUCGAAGUCGAUCAUGAAUUAGGAUUAGCUUGCCAUAAUACAAUCUAUAAUAUAUUUUGAAGUUAUUUUUUUGGAUUUACAAUCCAAUUAAAAUACUAAGUAAUGAUAUUUCCUAAUCUAUAAGGAGAAUGAAUAUUUUUUGGCAGAUUGGAUGCAAAUUAAUUAUCAAAAUAAUUUGGAAUGGGAAUAUUAACAUCUAAUAUUUUCCUUUGAAUUGA